AUCUGCUCCACAGCCACACAAUCCUUUCCUCAACAAACCUCACCUCUGUCGUCAACAUCACCCAUCCUCCACACCGUGUCGCGCAUCCACUGGUGACAUGAUAGUCAUGAGGAGCAGCUAGACUAUACCAGACUACACUACACUACACUACAGAUAUCUGCCUCUUCAAUUCUCAUGGUUGUUCGGAGCUUCUGCAAUUGAAAUUCUUCACCACCCAUGGAGGCCUCUAAUGCAGUUGCAGUUGCACUUGCAUUGAGCCCGCUUUCACUUCUAUCCAAACCACCACUGCCGCCCAAGAAACUCUCACCACCCGCCGUUUCUCUAUUCAGGCACCAUACCUCUCGAAUUUUCGGCGCUUCUGCUAGGGAUUUAUGUUCCAGAAGACUGAAUCAUGGCCUGCUGUUUUUGUCUUCAAUUCUGAGCUCCGAAUCGGUGAAAGCACUCACCUACGACGAAGCCCUAGAUCAAUCAGGGAGCAGUGGCGUAACGCUAGAUUUUGACAUCAACGGGAUCAUCGACAGUGUAGUCAACUUUACGAACGAAAAUCCGCUGAUUGUCGGUGGCGGAGCGGCGGCCGUGGUGUUGCCGGUGGUAAUUGCUCAGCUGAUCGGCCAGUCGAGGCCAUGGGGAGCGGUGAGUGCGAAGAAUGCUUAUGCGAAAUUGAGUGAGGAUCCUAAUGCUCAAUUGCUGGAUAUAAGAUUGGCAGCGGAUAUAAGGCAGGAGGGAAGUCCAGAUCUCAAAGGCCUGAAGAAGAAGCCAGUAGCAAUUGUGUACAAAGGGGACAACAAGCCAGGGUUCUUGAAGAAGUUGUCUGUGAAGUUUAAGGAACCAAAUGAAACCACAUUGUUCAUUCUGGACAAAUUUAGUGGAAAUUCUGAACUCGUUGCGGAGCUGGUGACAGCAAAUGGCUUCAAAGCUGCUUUUGCCAUCAGAGACGGUGCAGAAGGCCCCAGCGGAUGGAAGAACAGUGGCCUUCCCUGGUUACUUCCAAGCAAGGCAUUGAUCAACUUUGGUGGUUUGACAGAUGCUUUGGCGGAGGCAUCCGAUGCUGCACCUUUGACUCUUGGUAUUGCAGCAGCAGCCGCCGGAUUAGGGCUAUUGGCUUUCACAGAGGUAGAAACAGUUCUCCAAGUUUUAGGUACGGCUGCCGUUGUUCAGUUUGUAAGCAAGAAACUACUAUUUGCAGAGGAUCGAAAGCAAACUAUCCAACAAAUUGAAGAGCUUUUGAACACAAAAGUUGCUCCUAAAGAGCUUACCAGCGAUAUUCAGGAAAUCGGAAAGGCACUUCUACCACCUGUGACCAUCAGCAAGGCCGCCCCCGCCCUACCUGCCUCCACAGAACCAAGCCUUGCUCCACCUGUCGAGAAAUCUGAGUCCAAACCGGAGACAAUUACAGAAGUGAAUUCUAUCCCCAAUGCUGAAAUCCAAGAAGAAUCUCUUCCAAGACAUCCAACCUCACUUUCACCUUAUCCCAAUUAUCCGGACUACAAGCCUCCAUCGUCGCCCAUGCCAUCACAGCCGUAAUGGUGCAAACCAAGCUUGUCUAUGCCGAUUUUUACGAAUGAAUGUAUUACAAGAGAGGAUUGUGGGCAGCUGCACAAGUCUCUGCAGCGAGACAUGCAUCUUUAAGGCCCUUACCGGAUUGAUUGUUCUUAGUGCAAUCAGUUUCUUGCAGGUUUACUCUGUCUGUCUCAUUCUUUCGAUAUAUAUUUUGGUGUGUCAAGUUGUUGUAAUCACUAAUCAGUUCACUGGUAAUCAAUUGCACAUAACGUUAUGGUUAUUGGUUCGCCCACCACGUUUUAUGGAGCUUAAGUUAUAUAA